AUGGUCAACUCCUGUGGCUCUGUCUGCUCUGACCAGGGCUGUAGUCAAGACUUCUGCCAGGAGACAUGCUGCAGCCCCAGCUGUGGUGUGUCUAGCUGCUCCCGUCCAUCCUGCUGUCAGACUACCUGCCGCCCCAGCUGUGGCAUGUCCAGUUGCUGCCAUCCAGUUUGCUGUCAGACCUCCUGUCGCCCCAGCUGUGGCCUGUCCAGCUGUUGCCGUCCAAUCUGCUGUCAGACCACCUGCCGCCCCAGCUGUGGCGUGUCCAGCUGCUGCCGUCCAGUCUGCUGUCAGACCUGCUGCCGCCCCAGCUGUGGCAUGUCCAGCUGCUGCCGUCCUGUCUGCUGUCAGACCACCUGCCGCCCCAGCUGUGGCCUGUCCAGUUGUUGCCGCCCAAUUUGCUGUCAGACCAUCUGCCGCCCCAGUUGUGGCCUGUCCAACUGCUGCCGCCCAGUCUGCUGUCAGACCACAUGCUGCCGUACAACUUGCUGUCGCCCCAGCUGCUAUGGGUCCUCUUGUUGA